AAUAGGGGAGGGAGGGAGGAGAGCGAGAAGGAGGGAGGAGAGAGAGAAGGAGAGAGGGAGGCAGCAGGGACACAGCAGGGACACAGUAACCUGCGGGAACACUCAUCUGGUCCUGCAGCAGAGACACUCUCCAGACCUCCCGCUCCACCCGGCAGCUCACCUCCAUUCUCCCGCGGCUCCUUCACAGACACCCUCCCGUUGUUUGCAUCCCCCCCGCCCGCAGCCCCCAGUGUCGGUCGCACUCGGGCCGGUCGAAGCAGCGCCAUGGCUCGGGAGAACGGAGACGCCGGCAGAGGGGAGACGUGGAAGAAACAAGUGGACGACAUCAAGAAGAGGUUCGACUUCAAGGAGCUGCUCGGCACAGGAGCCUUUUCAGAGGUGGUCCUGGCCCAGGAGAAGCUGACCGGCCGGAUGUUUGCGGUGAAGUGCAUCCCCAAAAAGGCCCUGAAGGGGAAGGAGAGCAGCAUCGAGAAUGAGAUCGCUGUGCUGAGGAAGAUCAAGCACGAGAACAUUGUGGCUCUGGACGACAUCUAUGAGAGUCCCGACCACCUCUACCUGAUAAUGCAGCUGGUUUCUGGUGGCGAGCUGUUCGACCGAAUCGUGGAAAAAGGUUUCUACACGGAGAAGGAUGCGAGCACGUUGAUCCGACAAGUCCUGGACGCAGUUAACUACCUGCACAAGAUGGGCAUCGUGCACCGGGACCUAAAGCCAGAGAACCUGUUGUAUUUUAAUCCUCAAGAUGAGUCAAAGAUCAUGAUUAGUGACUUUGGUCUCUCCAAGAUGGAGGGCAGCGGUGACGUCAUGUCCACUGCCUGCGGUACUCCAGGAUAUGUGGCUCCAGAGGUUCUGGCUCAGAAGCCGUACAGUAAGGCAGUGGACUGCUGGUCCAUCGGAGUGAUCGCCUACAUCCUGCUGUGUGGUUAUCCUCCGUUCUACGAUGAGAACGACUCCAAGCUCUUUGAACAGAUCCUGAAAGCCGACUACGAGUUUGACGCCCCGUACUGGGACGACAUAUCCGACUCAGCCAAGGAUUUCAUCGGCAGUCUGAUGGAAAAAGAUCCAGCCAAGCGUUUCACCUGUGAUCAGGCACUCAGACACCCCUGGAUCGCUGGGGAUACGGCUCUCUGCAAGAACAUCCAUGAGUCAGUGAGCCGACAGAUCAGGAAGAACUUCGCCAAGAGUAAAUGGAGGCAAGCGUUCAAUGCCACCGCCGUGGUCCGGCACAUGAGGCGGCUGCAGCUUGGCAGCAGCAUGGGCAGCAGCAUGGACGCCUCCAACCCAAACCAGACGCAGAAGCCGGCCCAGGGCUCGAGCCAGGCGGUUCAGAACCAGUCAGCUCAGAGCCAAAACACGGCGCAGAGCCAGAGCACCAACAUAGCCGCCAGCAAAACCUCUUCCACUGACAACAACAUAGCAGCGCCACGCAAGGAAUGUGUGACUGCGCCCGUCACGCCCUGCAGUCUGGCGUCUGCGGCCUCGUCCCCCGCUGCUGGGGCAGAGCUGAACCGGCCACAUCCAUCAGCGGUGCCCGCCCCAGUGCUCACGGAGACCAAGUGACGCCAGGUCCAGCGGGGAACCAGCUGGGAGGCCACAGCACUGUGAGGCAAAGAGAAAAGAGGAGGACAACCCGAAGAGGAAGAGGAUCGCCCUCUUCUUCGUCCGUCUUUUUCACCGUACUUCCUCUUGGAUGCCGUCCAGCCAGUUCCCCGCCCUGCUCCCGGGAGAGCAGAGGACUUUUCCUCCACUCCACCAAGCCACACAGCGCCAUACUGAACGCCCGCCACCCACCCCCCCAUCCACCAGAACAGCAACAGCAUGGCCACUGACUCUCAGUGCAGAUCUUUGUGCGGCCGGCUGUGAUUGGUUGGCAUUUGAUGAUGCGUGUCGACUGCCCUGAACUCGAGCAAUGAUCAGUGGCUCAGGAGGGGCGGUGGUAUCAUAUUAUUCAAUGUCAGACAACAUCAACUUCCCUCUUUAAUCUUUCCUGCGACACUUUGUUUAGCUUUUCUCCAACCUUAGGUUUGACUGUUGGUAACUGGAUUGUUUUAUAUUUUACUAUUAUUAAUGUUCAUUUAAAAGGUGCUUUGUGUAACUUUAAACAAAUAUAUCAUUGUCAAACUGAUCUUUGGUAUCAUAGCUGUAAAUGAAUAAGACCCGAGACAAGGUGACAGCUUGCUAUCAAUUGUGCAACUGUUUGUCAAGAUUAAGACCCUAUUUCCCAUAACCCCCCUUGUUUCAUCUUCAUCCAUCACCACAUUGUCUGAAAUCAGUAACUUUCUCUGUGAACCAAUCAACAAGAUUUAAAUGCAGAAAAGAGGACGGGCAGACUUCUGAGUAAUGACCUCACGAGUUUACACAAAUCACACUAAUGUUGUAAACUUGCUUGACAAUGAUUUAUCCAUGUGAAAAUGUUAUACACACCACCUUUAAACCUUUUCUAUGUCCGUAUGGGCUUGUUUGUUUGUUUGUUUGUUUGUUUUGUGCUUUAAAAGUACCAUACGACUGUUGAGAUGUGAAAACAUGAGUAAGCGCUUUACCUACUUUGCACAGAGAGGGUCAGAUAUGUUCUCAGACACAGAUAAGCCACUCUCCACUCAGAACUUUAAAAACUUUAAAAACAGAAACCCAGGGUGGAUUUCAAAGCAUUUCACUACUUAUAUAUUGUCUGAAACAUUCUGAUUUAUUCUGAUUUAUUUAUUAUUUUCUUACUUUCUAAGACUUUUAUAACAAUCACCCCUAAAGGGGAACACAUACAGGUUACUAAGAAGCAUGCAGCAAGUGAAGGAUAGGUUAGGAGAAGAUGGAGAUGUGUAUUUACUGGAAGAACUGCCUCCAUCUGAGAAUGUUUGUGGCCGAUAGCUCACAUUUCACUUCCCAAACGAAGGAGCCACAAGCAGCACAGGGAGCUACAGGACAUACAGAUGUUGUGUUAUAUUCACCUGCCUCCCACGUGAACCUUCGGAGUAUUUUGGCCCAUGUGGAGUCAAAAAAACAGUUUGGAGAAGCUGCGGCCUCCCAUCGUUCCUUCCCCCUCUAAUGAAGCCAUGAUUUCCCCUUCUCGCGUCAUGAAGCUGUACGCAGAUCAGACGUGCUCAGGGAAAACCGCAGCUGUACUGUGUGCUGGCCACCGCUGGUUUCCUGGUUUAGGUGUUUCCGUCUUGGUCCAGGUGAUGUGGCGUCACAGUUAAUGAUCCAGGGCUCAAGACGUUAGCCGUGUCCUUACUGCAGAUUCUUUAGUGACUCGUGACUCGAGCAUUUAGGACUUACAGACUUAGGUUACAGACUUUACCACCACUAUGGACUGGGUUUUGAACCUUAAACGUUACUUUCUUUUUCUCAGUGCUACCUUAACGUCUCACCUGAUCAACUGUUUGGUUAAUAGUCCUAAUCAUCGAAAAACAAGAAUAGCGUAGAGCGCAUAUUCCUCCGCCAAGGUCCAACAGUCCCCAUUAAUUCAAUCAAGCUGCAACAAAUUGCACACACUCAUAAAUAUCAGUCCCUCAAAUGUGCCGGAUUAUAAUAAUAAUCAAGAUCAAGAUAAAAUCAAGAUAAGUUUUCCUGGGAAAUUGAUGAAAAUGUCAAAAACUACCCUAUCUUGCAAUGUUGAAAAAAAAAAGGGAUAAAAGAAUUCCUGGCUCCACAAUUUCAUCCGGAUCCACGGCAAGAUUAAAUUGGUUCCCUCUUGGCUCACGUCCCACAACUCGGUUUAAUCUGACUUUUUUUUUUCAGACUAGAUUUAACUGUGACCUUGGUAUUGACCUUUUAAACAUGACUCAGAGUGCAUAUGUGAAAAAAUGUUGGAUGCUCAGUCACACAUAUCAGAUUGUCAUGUCUUUAUUAGAUGCAAAUCGAUUGAUCCCUUUAUUGUCAAUUGUGGCUAAAGACUAGUGCUGGGUACUAAGAUAAUUUGGUUCAUUCGACAGUACGUGGUGAAUUAACCAGAACAGAACUAGUCCGAUUUUAAGUUGCUGAAGUGAACAUUAAAACGUAAGGGCUGAAUUAAUCCGGAGAGACAUCAUUGACUUUUGACUUCCUCUUCCUACUCUGUUGCCAUUUGCCUUUUUUUGCUAUCUCCACUCACUGCUGCUGAAAUCUAUCUGCAAAUUAUUCAUAGUGCUUGUUUUAAUCCGUUUGAGGCGAGGUGCCAGUAAAUCAACACUCGCCCAAGCUGUCUGGAAUUCACUUUGGCUCACUGCUUCAUUUUUUUCUGUGUGGAUGUGUUCAGCCCAAACUAUCUGGCACUGAAAUCAACAUUAAGAAAACAUGACGAGACAUUUGUGAAUGUUGCCCAAUCUCAAUCUGUCGCUCCUCAACUCGCUCUGGGAGGACAAUUCCAGGUUUUGAUUCGUUUUGCGACUCUUUCAACUUUAAGGAAGUGCAAAACUAAAUCACUGGAAUACCCCUUUAAGAAAUGAGAAACUUUUCACCUUUAAUGAUGCUGGAAUUGUCCUUUAACAGAACACCUUGCAUUCAACUCAUUUAUAUGUUUGGAGCUUUCAGACACACACACACACCACAGAUCUGCUGCAUGGUUCCCCAAACACUUCAUACCUUAUGUUAGUUGCAUCUGUGGAGACAGCAGGAGCAGACACUUUGUUGUCCUCAUGGAGACUGGUAUUAAGGUCCUUUUUAGAUUUUAGACACACCUUGCUGUUACUCGAUGCAUGUCCUCCUUGCAGCUUCUCCAAUCAUAGACGAGUUCUAGCUCGAUAAGGUUGAACUAGUGUGUGAGCAAAGGCCAGUUAACCUGAUUUAUUGUGUUUUUUAAAAAUGUGCACAUCUCAAAGCGGUCAGAGAAAGCUAACCUCGUAGUGUUUCUUAUUGAACGACAACACCCAUGUGUCUACACAGGAGCCUGUAUUUAUUCUGGCGAGGUCUUGUGUUACAUUUUUUUCCCCCUCUAACCACACGUUUCGAGUCGGUCCAUGUAAUUACCCACGUGUCACAACAGAGGGAAACGUUUCAACCAUGUAAGGGCUUUAUAUUCCAACGAUCACCUUAAUCUGAUUAAUCACUGUAACCGUGUGUAGUACGUGCCCAUUUACUGCUAUGCAUUUUUUAACACUUUGGAGUGGUUUUUUUCAGUGUAUUUUCUUGGAAGUGAAAUCAGGAAACACAGAGGAAACAUCAGCAGCUAUAGUAAAACAGUUACAGACACUGAGUCCCUCUCAGACAAUUUCAAUCUGUUAAUUAUCAUAUUUGUCAUUAUUAUUGAAUGAGCUACGAUGUGAGAAUGAUGUUCCAGGUGCUUCUCUGGCACAAAGAAUCGUCUGCCAGGACUGUAAGCUUGAUUAAAUACGAUGUCGUCCAUUUCAGUUGGGACGCUUUGGAUUUACGAAUGUGUCGUGAGGCAGGCAGAGGGUUCAGGUUCAUGCUCCUCUGUGGUUUCAUGUCGGCUGUUAGUUUUUUUUUCUCAAGAGACAAAGACAGAGAUUAAAAAAAAAAUCGAUCUUUCCAUGUUAAAGAUGCUCCUGUAAAUAGAUUGUGAAUACGAAUGAUCAUUUUCCAGAUAACAUAUAAGAAUGUUUUGCUUUUCAGGCACGAGUGAGUGGAUGAGCGUGUGUCGAGGGAAGUUGAUUGUAUUCUUUGUGGAAUGUUUAAUGUAGACAAGAAAAACAACAAAAAAAAAGCUGACUUCCCCUUUACUCCCCACCGCAGUUUGCUUUUAUAUACUGCACCGCACUGUGUGACUGCCACCUGCAGAGCUGCACAGUUCAAUGCCAUCAGUGUUCCACCACCACCUCAGUCACACCAACUGAGGGUGAGAAGUAUCGUUUACUGAACUCAGGCUUACGUUUUUUUGCCAUUCUAAAAGGAAGAAAUCCAAAGCUGUGACCGACUCAGAAACAGAAGACAAAGCUGUUUCGGGGCGACAACGAGCCGCUCUCAUCCGCCCAUCGUCCUCUGACAUUUUUCUUUUUUUUAAACGAAGGCGCUGCCGAAGUGCAUCGUCGCAAAAAAAAGAUGAAAACACAAGCAUGUCGGGGGGGAAAGUGCUUCAAGAAUCCAACUCCACCAUGAGUGUUUGCAUAAUCUUGUAUCCCCUUGUAUGAUGUUAGUAUCUCUGUAUUAUGUAAGGACGCGCACAGGUUCAGAUGCCAGAGUGAACAUUUUUUCACAUUCAUUUUAAAAGACAUUGUGCUCCCCUCACACGUGAAUAAUGUAAAAAUGUAAGGAUUGGCCAAAAAGCACAAAUAGUUACAGUAAAUCAUCUAUUGGUGGUUGUGUCCGAAAAGUUUUUGCACGGUUAUUUGGCAGUAUACUUUGUAGUACAUAUUACAAGUUGAUUUCUUUUGGCCAGUGGUCUUCAACUUAUCUACACUUGUGACUGUGGACCCUAUAGAAAUAUAGCCUCGUAGCUUAGCACCAUUUUUUAGGCCUUGGUUAACAUCGUAAAAACUCAAAAACAUAGCUAGAUUAGCUGAGGCUAACACCACAUCUCAUACAGUAUCUCAUUUCAAGAAAGUUGAAAAAAAAAAAAGAUUUAUUGUGUUCUACCUUGAGUCAUGCCCCACCCCUCCAAAAGAUUUCAUGGAAAUCGUGUCAGACAGUAGCUUUUCGGAAAUCCCGCUACACCUGGCGUCUCCCUGUGCGCGUCCUCGUCCAGCGCCUGCUGAGCUAGCUGGCUGUAUUUACUCUCUGCAUGUGACCACGACAAACUCCCAUCUUGUGCACUGUCGCCACGUUGGCGCCACCCUCACGUCUCCGAGCGGGCGCCGCCCGCCGCACUUAUUGUGCUGUGAUGAAGAUGAAGAUGACUUUCUGUUAAUGGGGCUUGUAUAUCCGAUGCCUUCGACAAUCAUGUGCACAUAUCAGAGUUACCAUGACCACACAGGCCAGAGCGAUUGAUUGUGUUUCGUUUGUCUUUUCUCCUCGAAUAAAUCCUGAAUGAUCGUAA